AUGGAAAUUGAAAAAAUAUUGGAUAUGCAUACUUGCAGUAGGCAAUUCAAUAUCAAAAUGAUGAACGCUAAGUGGUUGAGUGAGACAUUAGAUACCACACUACAUGAAAAUCCAAAUUUGAAGAUAAAUGAAAUACGAUCAAAAGCUUUGAGGAAAUGGAAUACAAAUGUCACAAUAUCUAAAGCUCGUAGGGAAAAAUUAAUAGCAUCAUGCAAAGUUGAAGGUUCAUUUAAAAAUCAGUUCACAAGAAUAUAUGACUAUGCACAUGAAUUAUUGAGAUGUAACCCUGGAUCAACAAUCAAAGUUAAAGUGAAUAGUGAAAAUGGUCAUACCACAUUUCAGAGGUUCUAUGUUUGUUUAAAAGCUUGCAAGAAUAGCUUCAUCUCUUGUAGGCCCUUCAUUUGUUUGGAUGGAUGUUUUCUGAAAAGAAAGUACAAGGGGGAGUUAUUAACCGCUAUUGGUAGAGAUCCUAAUGAGCAGAUGUUACCUCUGACAUAUGCAAUUGUGGAAGUAGAGAAUAAAGAAACUUGGACAUGGUUUUUGGAGUUGUUGAUAGAAGACCUUGGGGACACUGAAGUAUGUAAUUCAUGCACUUUUAUGUCUGACCAACAAAAGGGUUUGCUGCCAGCUAUGCCUAAACUUUUACCUGGGGCAGAGCACAGCUUUUACAUGCGACACUUAUAUGCAAAUUUCAAAAAAAAGUUCAGAGGGCACACCUUGAAGAAUGUGAUGUGGAAGGCUGCUACUAGUACAUACCCCCAAGCUUGGGAAAGAGAAAUGUUAAAUAUAAAGGAUGUCAAUGUAGAAGCUUACAAAUACCUAAUCGCUAUUCCCCCAAGAUCUAAAUUUACAGGUCGAGCACUAUGUGAUACACUAGUAAAUAGCAUGAGUGAAGCUUUUAAUAGUGUUAUUGUUGAUGCUAGAGGAAAUCCCAUUAUAACCAUGCUAGAGGAAAUUAGAGUUUACCUCAUGAAAAAAUGGGCAACCAACAUAAUCAAGAUGUGUAAUAUGAACUUUCACAUCUGCCCCAAGAUUAGAAAGAGACUUACAAAAGAAUCAAAUUUAUCCAAAAAUUGGAUCUCUAGUUGGUCUGGAGAAAAAAUGUUUGAAGUUAGGCAUUUUGCAGUGAUGACAAACAAGUUUACCUGCAGGAAAUGGGUCAUUAGUGGCAUCCCUUGCUGCCAUGCAAUUGCAGCUAUGAGAUUCUUAAAUUUAGAUCUAGAAGAGUAUGUUCUCAUUUGGUUCAUAAGGUCCACGUAUGAUGAAACAUAUGCCUCCAUCAUAUUCCUAGUGAAUGGGCACCUUUUAUGGGAAAGAACAGCCUUCCCAAACGUCUUCUCACCAUUUAAGAGAAAAUUACCUGGCAGACCAAAGAAAAAGAGAAGGUUGGAGAGUUGGGAGUUAAGGAGGGAUGAAACUCAAAUGGCCAAAGGUGGCCACCGCAAAAAAUGUAGCAUUUGUCGUAUUGUUGGGCAUAACAGAAAUCAAUGCCCCUUACGUCCUCAAGAUCAACCAGACCUACCACAACCAUCUGAAGCAACACCCCAACCACCAACUCAAGAAAUGACACAACCAUGUGAUGCACCACCCCAACCAACAUAG